UUCGGACGUAUUGUUAUUAAGACGUUAGAUAAUUCAGUGUUAUUCUAUUGGAUUCUUACAGUUUUUUUAACUAAAAGGUGCGUUUGUAAAUGCAGCAGAAUUAAAAAUCUUUUAUAUUAUAUUGAAAUAUAAUUAUAUAUAUUUAUAUAUAUAAUAAUAAAAAAAUAUUUAUAUAUAAAAGAUAUACAUAUUGUCAGCCGUAACUAGCGUUCGUUACAAGUGCAUAAUUAUCAUAAAUAAGAUUACACUCAAUAAUUUAUUUUAUUAAAAACAAAUAAAAUAAAUCAAAAAAAAAAUCAAAAUGCCUGAAUUAACUCCAGUACAGCAAUUCUAUAAGGAUAAAACAAUAUUUAUAACUGGUGCUUCCGGUUUUAUGGGUAAAGUUUUACUUGAAAAACUUUUGUACUCAUGUUCUGAACUAAAAGAAAUUAUAAUUUUAAUGAGACCAAAACGUGGUAAGACACCAGAAAGCCGUUUAGAAGAUAUGUGGAAAUUACCAAUGUUUCAACGUAUGCGUGAUGAAAAACCGCAUUUAUUCAAGAAAGUAACUAUGGUUGCUGGUGACAUUACCAUGGAUUAUCUUGGAUUAACUGGUGAAACAUUAAAACAUGUUACUGAUGAAACAAAUAUUGUUUUCCAUAUGGCUGCAUCAUUAAGAUUGGAAGCUGAUUUAAAAUAUAAUAUUGAUAUGAAUUUAAAUGGAACAAAAAGAGCAAUGGAUGUUGCUAAACAAAUGAAAAAAUUAGUUGCAUUUAUUCAUUUAUCAACAGCAUUCUGUAAUUGUGAUAUAGAUGUUAUGCAUGAAAAAAUUUAUGAAUUCCGUCAUAAACCAGAAGAUCUAAUGAGAAUGGGUGAAUGGAUGGAUAAAAAAAUGCUGGAUGCCAUACAAAAAGAUUUAUUAGAACCACAUCCAAAUACUUAUACAUAUUCAAAACGUUUGGCUGAAAUUUAUGUACGUGAUCAUUAUCCAGCUAUGCCAGUUGUUGUAACAAGACCAAGUAUCGUAUCACCCUCUGCUUAUGAACCAGUUCCUGGAUGGGUUGAUAAUUUAAAUGGUCCUACCGGUUUAAUGGUUGGUGCUGCAAAAGGUGUUAUACGUUCAAUGUUAAUUGAUGAAACAUGUAAAUCAGAAGUAAUACCAGUUGAUUACGCUAUUAAUGGUCUCAUUACAAUUGCAUAUGAAUUUGCAACAGAAGAAAAACCAGAAACAGUACCUGUUUAUAAUAUAACAUGUGCUGAACAUAGAAAACAAUAUUGGGGUGAUGUUAUUAAAUUAGGUAAAAAAAUUGGUUAUCAAUAUCCUUUAUCAGCUGGAUUAUGGUAUCCUGAUGGUUGUAUAACAACAAAUAGAUUACAUCAUAAUAUCAAUGUUUUAUUAUUUCAUUGGUUACCAGCCUAUAUAAUUGAUUUCAUAUUAUUAGUAUUGGGACAGAAAAGAUUUAUGUUACGUGUACAAAAUCGUGUACAAAUUGGAUUAGGAGUUUUACAAUUCUUUUCAAUGACACAUUGGAAAUUUAGAUCUGAUAAAUAUGAUCAAUUGUGGAAAAAAUUAAAUGAUACUGAUAAAAAAAUAUUCAAUAUGGAUAUGAAUCCAAAGGAAAGUAUCGAAGAAUAUAUGAUGUCAUGUGUAAUAGCUGGUAGACUGUAUUUAAUGAAAGAAUCACCAGAUACUUUACCAUCGGCUAGAAGACAAUUAGCAAUGAUGUAUGUACUUGAUCGUGCGUGUAAAACGUUCUUCUAUGGUUACGUUGCAUAUUAUUUAAUGAAAUUUACGGUAUCACCGGCUGCAUUUGAACCAUUACCCGGAUGGGUUGAUAAUUUAAAUGGACCGACUGGUAUAAUGGUUGGUGCUGCUAAAGGUGUUAUACGUUCAAUGUUAAUUGAUGAAAGCAUUAAAGGUGAAUGUAUACCAGUUGAUUAUGCUAUUAAUGGUUUAAUAACAAUUGCAUAUGAAUUUGCAACAAUGAAACAAAAACCACAAGAAAUACCAGUUUAUAAUGUAACAUGUGCUGAACAUCGUAAAAGAACAUGGGGUGAAGUUAUCCAUCAUGGUAAAAAAAUUGGUUAUGAAUAUCCACUUGAAAUUGGAUUAUGGUAUCCAGAUGGUGUUAUUACAACAAAUAGAUUAUAUCAUCGUAUCAAUUGUAUUUUAUUCCAUUGGGUGCCAGCAUAUUUUAUUGAUUUCUUAUUAUUAAUAUUUGGACAGAAAAGAUUUAUGUUACGUGUUGCUGAUAGAGUUGCAACUGGUUUAGAAGUUUUACAAUUUUUCACAAUGAGACCAUGGCACUUUACAUCUGAGAAAUAUCAGAGCGUUUGGAAAAAAUUAGGAGAAAAAGACAAAGCAGAAUUCAAUCAGGAUAUGGAUAAUCCUUAUCCAGAAGAAGAAUAUUUAAUUGCAGGUUUAAAAGGUGGUCGUCAAUGGAUUAUGAAAGAACCAUUAGAAACUUUACCAAAAGCAAGAAGACAACUUAAAAUAGCAUAUUUUGUUGAUCGUACUUUAUCACCGGCAGCAUUUGAACCAUUACCCGGAUGGGUUGAUAAUUUAAAUGGACCGACUGGUUUAAUGAUUGGUGCUGCAAAAGGUGUUAUACGUUCAAUGUUAGUUAAUGGUCGCUAUAAAUCUGAAGUGAUACCAGUAGACUAUGCAAUAAAUGGUUUAAUAACAAUAGCAUAUGAAUUUGCAACAUUAAAAGAAAAGCCAGAAAGUAUUCCUGUUUAUAAUAUGACAUGUCCUGAAGAGAAAAAAGUUACAUGGAAAUUUGUUAUGGAUUUGGGUAAAAAAAUUGGUUAUGAGCAUCCAUUUGAAGCUGGUCUCUGGUAUCCAGAUGGAAAUAUAACAACAAAUUAUUUUGUUCAUAUGUUAAAUGUGAUAUUAUUUAUGUGGAUUCCUGCAUAUCUAAUUGAUUUUCUAUUAUUAAUAGCUGGUCAAAAGAGAUUUAUGGUAAGAGUACAAACAAAAAUAGCUGAUGGUUUGGAUGUUUUACAAUUUUUUACAACAAGAGAAUGGAAUUUUAAAUCAACUUGUUAUGAGCAAGUUAGUAAGAAUUUAACAGAAGCAGAUCGUGAAAUAUUUAAUCAAGAUGCAUAUAAAGUUGAAGAAGAAUCAUAUAUGAGAGCUGGUAUUUUAGGUGGCAGACAAUAUAUAUUAAAGGAACCACUAUCAAGUUUACCGAAAGCAAGAAUUCAAUUGAAAAUUCAAUACAUUGUUGAUAGAUUGUGUAAAGCUCUCAUCUUGGGACUAACAUUAUAUUGGAUUUAUAAAAGAAUUACAAAUUCAGUUGAACAUUAACUUUGACGAUUCUUACACGGAUUUUGAAUUGGAAUUUGAACAUUGAGAAAUGAAUUUGGAAAUAGAAAAUUGAUUUUGCAAGAGAAAAAAAAGUCAUUAUAUUGGACCUAAAUUUAUUUUAUUCUUAUUUUUCCGCUGUAUUUUUUUUUAUGAUGUAUUUUUCGCUAUAAUUUUUAAUAAUUGUAUUAUAUAAGUAUUAUUGUUAUUAUUUUGGGCGCACAAUUUAUUUGGGUUGAAAAAAAUUUUUUUUUUUGUUUCUUAAAUAAUUUGGGAGAUUGAAAUUUUAGAUUUAAGUGAAAACAAAAAAUUAUACUCAAAAUUAAUUCUUAUUAAAUAUUUUUAAAUUAUCCUCGAAUCACAUACAAUAUCGUAUAACUCGCAAUUUCUAAAAUUUUGAGGAGAUACUGAAAACUUUCAUUUAUAUACAGAUUUCCUGUAUUUCAUCCGCGUUUUAUAAUAAUUUUAAUUGAUUUUUGAUGCAGAAAUGUGAAUUUUAAUUGCUUGUUAUACGAUAUUGUAAGCGAUACGAGGAAUAUAUUUCUUCGUAUCGUAAUUUUCAAAAAUGAAAAUUACCUUGGUUUUUCUUGCCUCAUUCUUUCAUAUUAUAUAGUCAUUAGUUUUGAGCUUUAAACAUAUAAGAAAAAAAGUAAAAAAAAAAAAUUUUUUUUUUUGAAAAACAUAAUGGGAAAAAAUUUUUACAUUAUUGUUUUUUAAUAGUCAAUUUAUGGGUAUUUUUAAUGAAUCAAAAAAAAAAAGAAAUAUGUAAAUGUAAAAUGGCCUUGACUUUAAAAUUAGAGCAAAACGGUAUUAAUGCAUAAUUCAGCUUCUGAAUUGUAAUUCCUGAAUUGAGUGCUAAUACCGUAAUAUUACUCGAAUUUUGAAGUCAUGGUAUGUAUAAUUGUUUUUUUUUUUUGGUUUACAUACAACGAUCGUAUUUAAUAGUACAACAUCAUUGUAUUGAAAAUUUUAUUUUGUAUGUACAUUUAUUAUAGCAAUAUUUUUUAAAUAUUAUAAUUAAAAAACUAAAAAUAUUGUUAUUUGAAAAUAAUUUUAAAAUAAUAUGAGUGCAUACAAAAAAAGAAAUUUUUUUUAUAUUCCUUUU